GUUGCACAGCUCAUGCAUUCUUUCGCAGGCUGGUGGGGUGUAUGGUCUGCCCACCAUCAAGACAUCGUAGAGCACGGUUGGAGACUCGAUGGAAUCCGGCCAGUGGAGAACAGAGUGCAUUCUUUGGAACAUCGACAGUCCAGCGAAGGAUAGACAACUUAUGGACUCGGGCCUGGCGUAAGGUAUACCCUCAUCAAGGAUUUGUGCCUCAUUCCCUUGUUAGCCCAGGAGCCCCCCUUCUCCGUUCGCGGUGGCACUCCGUCCUGUCAUUGCUCUCCAUUGCAGUUUAUCACAGAUGGUGCCAUCGUUAUGAAGCCUCAGGCUGGAUUCGACGAGAGCGACCAGGAGCCUCCCAGGAAGCUCCUGCGAGUUUCCAAGGCAUGUGCUCGGUGCCGGAAUCAAAAGCUUAAGUGCGAUGGGAAAUUCCCAUGUGCACGCUGUCAGCGCCUGAAGGUGCCCUGUUAUGAACCCAGGGACAAUGCGUCGCCCCCGAGCGCGUUCGCGUCUGGAUCCGCUGCUGUAGAUACUCUCGACUCUCUGCAAGGAACCAUGGAAUCUGCUCUCGAGCGUAUUGCACGCCUCGAACGGAUAAUGGGAAGCAUCGGAGAUAGCAGCGGCAGUGAUCCUGGUCCUGUGAUCCAGCUUCAGCAGCACCACCACCACCGCCGACAGCUGCCGGCAUCUCACGCCAUGCCGUCCCCACGCUCUGCAGCAGGGCUGACGCCGGCCCAGUUUCCAGCGCCCUUCAACGAGAUCGCAGCUACGCGGCAAAACUCGCCGGCGGGAAGCGAGACGGACGAAGGCCAAGGUCAAAGAGGCAAUGACCGCCCUGCUGCUGGAGGGCACGGCGCGCUGGAGCACAGGAGGUCAUCAGCUAUCUCGCGCGCGUCAUUACAUGACCCAAUCAAGAAUGGCAUCAUCACUGAAAUACAUGCUCGCUACCUGAUCGACUACUUCGUGCUGAGGUGUCAUCCGUAUUUGCCCAUCCUGGAUGUCGAGGAAAUGCCAACAAUGGAAGAGAUGCGCCAGACGGAUCUGUUCCUCCUUUGCAGCAUCCUCGCCAUCGCGGCGCGGUAUGGUGACGCGCAGCAAGAGGCCUUUGACGCAAACGGAAGCACAAACAAUGUCGUCGAGCGCCUCUUUCAGACAGCAGAGACGCUCCUGGGUCAGACGCUGGCGCAGUCCAAGUUCCGUCUGGGCGAUGUGCAGGCUGUUAUCUUUUUGCACGCAUUCAGCCUCCGCCUCGUCGGCAAGGGCUCAGACGCGUGGAUCCUGUCCGGCCAUGCAUUCCGCCUCGCCAAGAGGCUGCAGAUCGAUCGAACAAUCCUUGUCCCACGAAACACGGAAAGAUUCUCGCCGUCUUCCGCGCGUCGGACUUGGCUGGCUUUGUGCUCCUCAGACGCGUUCCCCUCGCUCGGCUUUGGGCGACCGGCCUCUCCUCGGGAGAAUCUGGAAGGCUGCCUGUCCGUGCUGGAGAUGCUUGGCGCAGCGUUCACUCGCGGAGACCAGAACUUGGGGCAAGAGACAUUCAUCGCCUCGCAGGUCGAGCUGGCGCAUGUUAGCCGGCAGCUGAUGGACUGGGUGGCGCAGGUGAGCUGCAGCGCGCACCAAUCUGCCGAUCUACCGAGCGUCGCGCACCGCUAUAGGCGCCUUGACUCGAUGCUCUCCGCAUGCGAGGCGCGCUGGGACAAACCCAGGCUCGGAACGACUAACCAGCGCCGCGCAUCGAUCCUGUAUCGCCUGCACGUUAAGCUGUGCCUGGCGACGUUUGUGCUGCGCAUGUGUGCGGCUGCAGGGCACGGAACGGCGACGGCGGCCAAUUCGGAUGUAGCAGCAGUGGCAGGGGAAGGAAAAGGAAGUGAAGGAGGAGGAUGGGGAGGAGGGGGAGGUCAUCGCGUGCUCUCCACACACACGCAAGAAGAUUUACAGGCUGAGUGCCGAGAAGCGUGCAUCGCUGCGGCGACGGCCAUGGUCGAGAUCCAUGCGGGAGACCGGCCGCUGGUAUGCGUGCCGGACUAUCUCAUCACAGCGCUUGCGCAAGCGAUCGUCGCGUCGGUCAGUGUGCUCGAGACCCAACGGGAUCUGUCGCCCACGAACACGCAGCAGAUCGCCGACAAAGCGCGUUGGCUCGUCGAUGACUCACUGCGCAUUCUGUCGUACUUCGGAGGCAUCGAGACCAAUUUGCCAAAGUUCCUCGCGGGCAGGAUCCGCGAGCGCGCCAAGCGGUCGUCGCUCUUUCGGAAUACACCUUACCAGCUGUCGACACCGCUGGUGGACAUUCCGGACCACCCACGCACGCUCACUUCCUGGCAAGCGCUGUCGCGCGCUGACGAGUCUUCCCGGACUAUUUCCGAUCCGCACCGUCAGAACAAUGUACGUUCCGCUGCUGAGAGCUCCAGGGCGACAUUCUACGACCCGAUUCAGACGUCACCGCUGCAGCCGAUGAGCCACGCAGCGCAUUAUGGCGCUCCCUACGGGACAGCAUCAGGAGCCGGAGGGGAGAUGCAACAGCAGCAGCAUCAGAACCAGCACCAUAAAACGAAUAGCACGGCAGACUCGUUAAGCACGCCUGGCUCUGGAGCCGAUUGGGGCGACUUUGCGCGAUGGUGGGAUGCAGACGAUCCGUUGCAGCUCCUUUUUGGCAUGGACGCAAGUAGCAGCGCCUUCUGGGACGGCUCCCUGCAGCACUUACCUCCUGGCUGACUAGAGGGCCGUCGUUCAGGUGUGGCGUAAAUGUAACAAAGGUCUGCAGAACAUGAUCUAUGGAUACAUGUGUA